UGCUUAAUGUCAUUGCACUACACAUGUCAAUUGUCUGUCAUAAUAAAAUAUAACUUGUAUUUACUUAUCGAUUGUUUUGUGAUUUUCAUUUAUAUAAAUUGGCGUAAACCAUGACCGAGUAUUGGAAGUCGCAAGCUAGAAAAUAUUGUGAAUUUUGCAAAUGCUGGUUCGCCGAUAAUAAAGUGUCUAUUUCGUUCCAUGAAAAUGGUAAGAGACACAAAGAAAAUGUUCAGAAACACAUAUCCCAGCUCAGUAAAAAAAGUGCUAAAGAGUUCAAGCAGAAAGAAAAAAUUGAUGAUGAUAUUAAAAAAAUGGAGGCAGCAGCAAUGGCUGCUUAUUUGAAAGAUGUGCAAAACAAUGCAGAUCUAACAUCACAGAGCAUAAACGAAAUGAUUAACCUGAGUGGUGGUAGCAGUGAAACAACUUUAACUGUAGCUGCCACACCUACCAAAAAGGCUAUCUGGAAUGAAGUGAAGAGUGAAGAUGGAAGCUCAUAUUUCUGGAACACUGUAACAAAUGAAACCUCGUGGGAUACUCCCGAUGAGUAUGUUUCAAUAGCAGACCAGGAAAAGAGUAAGCUAAAGAAGGAAUCACAAGACAAAAAGGAGAAGAAAAUAAAGAAACAACAACAAAAGCAAGCUCAAGAAGAAGUGAAUAAGGAGGUCAAUGCUCAUUUAGCAAGGGAGAAAAUGCGAGAGCUGGCUGUAAAUAAAGAUCCACCACCUCCUAAGAGAUUUAUCGACUACGGGCCGCCGCCGCGCGCCGUGAAACCAUAUGGGUCAUGGACUCCAGUUAUAACUCAACCUACUGAAGUCGUUGACCUCCAGUUACCUAAGCCUGGUAAGGAGCUACCCCCGCCGCCAGUUAUAAUGGAACCAGAAGUCUUUCAGUUUAAGGAGAAGCGCAUACAGUCACUCGGUGAUGAACCUGUCGAGUUUAAAAAGCGGAAAAUCAAUAACCCUAAGAGAAACAUGCGCCAGAAGUUAGAUGAUGAUUAAUGGUUAAUAUUAAUAAAAAAUGUAAAUAAAAUCA